AUGGAAUUUGCUGACGGAGGUUUUUGGAAAUGGUAUCGACGUGAUAAUAACACGUAUCCAUUUGUCAUGCCGAAACCUGGCUGUCACGCAAACGCAAAUUCCUUGUGGGAUUGUGAAGGGUUGCGUGAUGCAAAUUCAAUACAGUUAAGUGAGAAUCUUUGCCAAGGUGAAGAUGACAUCGGCAUUCAAUGUUGGGGAAUUAAAAACUUUUCUGCUUAUGAGAAACAUUGGAAAGGCUUACGAAUUAUAUCAUCAUCUGUACGAUAUGCAAAUACGAAUUCUGAUAUGAUAUCCCUGCACCGAGAAUCGAACAGUAAGCUAGAAUAUGUGGAUAUAUUGUAUGCAGGAUAUGACGGGUCAACGAGGAAUACAUCAGCAGCAAUUUGGAUUGAAGGCAUUUCACCUAUUAUUAACGGCCUUCGGAUUGAGAAUAGUGCUGGUGAUGGGAUUUAUAUUAAACAAUCCGAUGGACCGAUUGUUAUCGCAAACUCAACUAUUACAAAGAAUCGAGGUCAUGGAAUAGCGGUCAUAAAUAGUACCGAUGGACGAGUAUUCAUUAAUAUGACUUUUGUUACUGAAAAUUACGGUGAUGGAAUACAUUAUCGAGAAGCAUUUGGAGAAUAUUGGUACCUUGCUAAAAUGGAUAAAAAUCAAAGAUAUCGUAACCAAAUUAAGCGUGAACAGUCAUACCGUAUCAAUGAUGAUAAAACAGUGUUGGAUAUGUGUAAUGAACAUAAAAUACCUUCGAAUUUUUAUUUCCCACAUUUAAUUCAUGCAAAUCUCAUCAAUGGUACAGUGAUUGAUUCAAAUAGUGGAACACCAUGUUGGAUGGUAGGCAUUCUUCAGGAUUUUAUUUUCCGAAAAUACGGUAGUAGCUAUAUGUAUGAUUAG